GGAGAAGAUAAUAGAAAAUAGUAAUAUGGCCGGCAAUAUAUAUAAUGAGGUGAGUAGUUUGAAGCUAGGGAAGCAUAAGAAGGAUAAGAAUGCCAAAAAAACGAAUGAAAUAUCCCCAUUUUCCAGAUCUAGUGCUUCAGAAACUGCUUCAUCAGCUAGUCUGACAAGUACCACAGGGGUAUCUUCAAGUACAACGAAUACUAAUGAACAAUGGCCCCCAUCAUUGAAUCAGUUUGUGAAUGAAUGUUACCAGAGAUCUAACUCAUUGAGUGAGUCUGAAAAAGUCCAAUUCAAUGAACAGAUACAACAAAUUUUAUUGAAGGCACUUGAUGAAGGGAAACUAUGGGAAAAUAAUUGGCAGUUACAGAAGUUACCAGUGUUUGAAGGCGUGAGGCUGCCAGUCGAACUUGAAUGCAAUACGAAAAUUAACGUGGAACCAAUACCCAGCUCAACAAAGAUGCUCCCAUCUAAGAAUAAGAAGAGUAAUAAAAGAACCAAUGACUUAUUAAGUGAUUUCAAAUCAGACGAAAGGAAGAAGCAGCGAAUGGCAAGAUUUUCAGACUCUCUCACUCCAGAACCAGUGGGGAAGAAGGCUUUAAGCAUCGAUAGAAAAGGAGAACCAAUCAAGGGAACUUGUCAAGAUUUAGAAAAGAAUUACCUUAGGUUGACUUCUGAGCCGGAGCCGUCGAGGGUAAGACCACAAAAGGUCUUGGAGAAGAGUCUUGAAUAUGUCUUGAAUAAGUAUCUUAAAGAAGGGGCCCCAUAUUCGUAUUUGAAUAAUCAGUUUAAAUCUAUAAGACAGGAUCUCACCGUACAACAUAUAAAGAAUGAGUUAACUUUGAAAGUUUAUGAAUCUCAUGCCAGAAUAGCCAUUGAAAAUAAUGAUUUGGGAGAGUUUAACCAAUGUCAAUCUCAAUUAAAGUACUUGUACUAUAUUCAUAAACAGAAACAAGCUGGAAUUGAUAAUGAAAAGUUUAAUGAAAACGAUUUAGAAUUUACAUUCUAUAGAAUACUUUAUAUGUUAAUGAUGGGGAAUUAUCCCGAGAUAUUCAAAAUAAGAUACGAGAUAUAUUCUAAAAGAGAUUUUGAAAAUUAUGGGAAGAAGAAUGAAUUGAAAAUAUUUAAUUGUAUUGAAAAAUCAUUCGAUCUACAAAACUUUCAAGUUUUAGGUGAUUAUCAUAAUUUUUUCAAAAUAUAUAAAGAAUUUAGGUCGAUUGAUUUGAAUUUAGGAUUUCAUUUAAUUAAAAAUUUCUUAAUUAAUAAGGAAAGAAUUAAAGCACUAAAUAUAAUAUCAAAAACUUACAGGAAAAUCUCAAUUUCCUUUUUAAUUGAUGAAUUAGCAUUCAGAACAAGUGAAAAUCAUGAUGAAGAAGACAUUUUUGAUUUUUUCAAACGUCAUAAUCUAAUCCAAUUUGCAAAAGACAAUGAUUUCGAUUGUGCUUCUGCAAGAGGAAUAAAAAAUUGA